AUGGCUGCAUCUGGUAAACAAGGAUAUAAUGGCUAUAGUUCCUUUCUUGAUAAAUAUCGUCACAAUUUAAACACAGCAAAUGGUAAUACGCAACAACGAUCCCAGAGCUACGGUAACAAUUAUGAUACAUCAGCAAUGCGUAGCGCAGGUAAUGUUAUUCAUGACGAACGAUUUGGCAAUGAAAUUCUUUCUCGUGCUGGUCCAAGUCACCAUUAUCAACAUCCACAAUAUCGUACACAAGAAGUUAUUUCACCUGACGGACGUUUUGAAUACUUAAAUGUUCAAAAUGACAGCGAACCAUUACAUGUGAUAAAACCAAGUGAUCAAAGUAUUCAUUAUAAACAACAAGUUAACGUACGAUUUUUGGAACCACCACCUGGGCCUGAACCAGCACCAAUUAUUAUCAAGGAACGACAAGCACCAGCACCACCUCCACUACCACCAGUGGUUGUGCGCCAACGUCCGCCUACACCACCAACUCCUCCUCCUCUUAUUAUUCGUGAACGUCCACCAACACCACCCGUUCAACAACAACCGCAAAUCAUUGAGAGAAUUUUACCAGCACCACCAGCAGCACCUCGGCAAGUGAUUGUUGAACGACUUCCACCACCGCCUCCAAAACCACGUCAAGUAAUCUACGAAAAAUGGUUACCUUAUCAAGAAACAAAAGAACGACCGGUCAUUGUGGAAAGAGCAGCACCCAUUGAAUUUAUUCGACCACCGAAAAAUGUGAUUAUUGAAUAUGAACAACCAAAAGCUCAUCAUGAACAAAUUAUUAUUGAUGAAGGUGUUUUUCGUGCCGAUCCUCGGUCGCAUAAUGCCACCAGUACUAUGGGUGAGGUACGUAUGGUUGACAGAAUAACUGACUUACCAAUGGAUUAUUCAAAAUAUUUGACAAAUCAUCGACCUCAAACGGUUCAAGCACAAUCGUAUCGAAGUUCAAAUUGUUAUGAAUGUCAAUCACCUCAACCACAGUUGAGUCAUACCGAACCGACACAACAAUAUAGUACAACGACUGCCAACUAUCCAGGAGCUUAUACAACAACCUAUCGUGCAUCAUAUUCAAAUAAAAAUGGCAGUCGAAGUGGUUAUGGUCAAUAUAGUGGCAACGAUGGAAGUCGAUCUGCAUCCUAUUCAAGAUAUGCCUAA